CGUUUUUGUAACCGACUCUGGAGUAAUUCGUUCGUCCGAGGCAUUGAUGGAAGGAAUAACUUCCAUCUUAUUUGAUUUUAUUUCUUACGUCAAUCAAGUUAUCCAAUUAUAGAAACAACAUCUUUUUCCUUUUUUUGAAAUUCUUCUUCGUUCUUCAUACCGUCUUGCUCGACGAUCGUCUUGGCCUCCAUUUGGAAGGUGUCGCGUGUGUACCGUACGAUGAAGGAAGCCAUGGAACCAGGAGAAUCAAGUCAUUGUGAAAUUUCUCCCGGUAUGACUAAGUAUUGGAUUCCAGAAUGUCAAAGUGAUAGGAAGCCCGCUGUUGGUAUGGUAUUCACUAGUUUACAACAUGGUAUUGAUUUCUACAAUGAAUAUGCAUCUUUAUGCGGCUUUGAUCCCCGACUUCAUUCCCAAAGGAAGCACAAAUCUGGUUUGAUUUUAUUCAAAUAUGUUGUUUGUAAUCGUCAAGGUUUUAAACCUGACAAGGUUGUGCAGAAUGAAGGGACUAUUCCCACUGUUGAUGAUUUAUUUCAAAAUGCUAAUCUGGAAAAUACUCUUGAUCCAUGCAUGGAUAAUUCUGAUAUUGAUGAUAUUGUGUCAUUGUGUGUGGAAGAUUCUGAUCUCACGUCACCCGCACCUUCAAAUCACUGCACUUUAGAUGAUGAGUCAAAUAAAAGGCGUCGUGUAUCUACCAGAAAUGGUUGCAAAGCAUGUGUUGUGUUUAAAUAUUGUGGGUAUGGUUGUUACUCUGUAUUUAAGUUUGAAGAACGUCACUGUCAUCGUAUGCUUGAAGAAAUGCAUAAACAAUUCCUUAAGGUGAAUAGAAACCUUGAUUUUGGUCAUAAGAAAUUCAUCAUCAAUUGUGCUAAAGCAAACAUUGGUCCGAUGAAGUCUUAUAAACUCUUUAAGGACUCAGUAGGUGGAUAUAGCAACAUUGGUGCAACUGCUGUCGAUUUCAAAAAUUUCAAACGAGAUCUUAGGGCAUACAUUGAGGGUGUUGAUGCACAGAUGUUGAUUGAUAAGCUAUUUCGGAAGGUUGAAGUGUGCUCUUCGUUUUUCUUUGAUUAUGACGUGGAUGAGAAUGAUCAGUUGACCAAGAUUUUUUGGGCGGAUCCAAUUUGUAGGCGAAAUUAUUCUUAUUUUGGAGACGUGGUUUCUUUUGAUGCGACGUUCCGUACGAACAGGUAUAAUUUGGUUUUUGUGCCAUUCACCGGUGUUGACAAUCACAAAAAGUGUGUCACUUUUGCUGCUGGUUUAUUGUCAAAAGAAGAUGUAGAGUCAUACGUCUGGCUUGUAUCACGGUUUAUUGAUGCAAUGGGUAGUGUACCAAUGUGCGUAAUAACGGAUCAAGAUCCAGCCAUGCGCAUUGCUAUUCAGAAGGUAAUUCCUAAUGUAAAACAUCGCUAUUGCAUGUGGCAUAUAAUGAACAAGUUGACUACUAAAGUGGGCCCUGUGCUUAGUAAGGAUGUUGAUUUUUUGACAAGGAUUAAUAGUGUUGUUUGGAGUAACUACCUUGAGCCUUCUGUUUUUGAGGAAAAAUGGAAAUCUGUUAUGACCGAUUAUGACCUCUUGGAGCACCAAUGGUUUGUUGACUUGUUUAAUCUUCGCAAGUUUUGGAUACCUUCUUAUUUUAGGGAUUUGUUCCUGGCUGGUUUGCUUCGAACAACGUCACGGUCAGAAAGUGAAAAUAAUUUCUUCGGUGAGUUUACUAACCCUCACUUUAGUCUCAUUGAAUUUUACAUGCAAUUUGAAAGUGCAAUGGAUGCUCAACGACAUAAUAAUGAUAAGCUAAAUUCAAGUUCUGAUGCGUACAUUCCUGUUUUUAAGACUCCCCUAGCCAUUGAAAAGCAUGCUUCAGAGGUGUAUACGGUAACAUUUUUUUAUUUAGUGCAAGAGGAGAUUGCAUCAGCUUGUUUUAGUUGUCAUGUGCUUAAUGUGCAUGAGAAUGAAGAGAAUGUGGAGUAUGUAAUUAAAGAUGAUCAUGGUAUGACAUUCAAGGUACAAUUCAAUGUUUCUGAUGUCAAAGCGUUUUGUGAGUGCAAAUAUUUUCUCCGAAUGGGGUUGGUUUGUAGGCACAUGUUCGUUGUUUUCAAAUAUUUGAAGCUUACUACUAUUCCUCAUCAUUAUGUCGUAUCUCGAUGGUGUAAAAAACGUCUUCUGAAACCUGUACAUGGUAUAGGAGAUGUUGUUGUUCAAUAGUGCAUUGAAAUUGAAGAGAAGAAAAAACUUUUGCACCAUGUGUGGUCUGAUUUGCACUCUUGUGUUGCUCUAGCUGAAAAAGAUGCAACGAGAUUAAAACAAUUUGCAACUGUUAUUAGGCAUCAAAAGAAUGAGCUUAUGUUGGCAGACCGGACUGAUUCAGUUCCCACAACCAAGGAUUCCAUGAUUCAGGAUUUUUAUGGAGCUAGUACGCCUGCUGAAGUUAGUGUGUUUCCUCCUCAAAAGGCCAAGAAUAAAGGAUCUGGUCGGAGAAUAAAAGGUGCACGGGAGGCGUCAAUUGAAGAAAAUAAGAAACCAAAGAGAUUGUGUAGGUCAUGUAAUGAAAUGUGUAAUCAUGAUAGUAGAAAUUGUCCUUUAAACAAAAACAAAUAAAUUGAACAAUGUCAUUUUAAUUCUUAUUUUAUAUUGAUUAAUCAUUUCUCUUUUUACUUUUAUUAACUCUUUAUAUGUAAUGUUAGAACGUUUAUC